AUUACUUUUUUGUUUUUUUUUUUCUUAUUUUCCACAUCAUGUUAUCAAUCUAUUAUAAAUAGCUCUUAGAUUUCAUCACUAUACCAGUACACACCAAACUCAUCUAAUAACAAACUCUCUCUUACUUAAACUCCCACCAUUUAUAGCCAUGCCGGUCCAAGAGAGAAAUCUAGUUGAUGAAGUCUCCGGUUGGCUUAGGAUUUACGAUGACGGUUCCGUGGACCGUUCAUGGGUCGGACCACCCGAGGCAAAGUUCAUGGUUGACUCGGCUCCGGCCCAUGAAGAAUUCAUCGACGGGGUUGCAGUCCGUGAUGUGGACCCCAAAUCGGGUCCUCGGGUUCGGGUUUACAUGCCCGAGACCCGACCCGAGGAUGACCCGAAUGAGAAGUUACCCGUGAUCCUCCACUUACCGGGUGGUGGGUUUUGCAUAAGUGAGCCCGAUUGGUUUAUGUAUUAUGUGUUUUACUCAAAGUUGGCCAAGUUGGGCCGGGCCAUUGUCGUCUCGGUCUACCUUCAGCAUGCUCCCGAGAACCGGCUCCCGUCUGCAAUUAAUGAGGGGUUCUCGGCCCUAUUGUGGCUUACCUCAUUGGCCCAAUCCAAGGCCCAUGAUGAGUGGAUCACGGGCCGGGCUGAUUUUGGACGGGUUUUUUUAAUCGGGGAUAGCUCAGGUGGUAACCUAGUUCAUGAAGUGGGGGCCCAGGGUGGAAAAACUAAUUUGAGCCCAUUAAAAUUAGCCGGGUCGAUUCCGAUCCACCCGGGUGUGGUUCGAGCCACGAGAAGCCGGUCCGAGUCAGAAAUGCCCCAAACCCCAUUUCUGACCCUAGACAUGGUUGAUAAGUUUUUGAACCUAGCCUUACCAAUUGGAAGCAACAAGGAUCAUCCAAUUACAUGCCCGAUGGGCCCCGCCGCACCGCCUUUAGAUGGGCUCCAAUUGCCACCAAUCAUGUAUUGUGUUGCUGAAAAAGAUUUGUUCAUUGACACACAAAUGGAAUUCUACGAAGCCUUAAAGAAGGCUAAUAAAACUGUGGAGCUUUAUAUGAGUGAAAAUGUGACUCAUAGCUUUUACCUCAAUAAAAUGGCAGUGGACCAUGAUCCUGAGACUAAGGCCCAAACUGGUAAACUUUAUGAUGCUAUAAUUGAAUUUAUAAGAAGACAUUGAUUGGAGAUAAAGACUUAUGAAUCAACAAUCAUAACAAUGAAGGUGUUUGUUUUUUCUUUUUGGUGCAAAUAAUGAAGGUGUUUGUGUCACUUUAGAUAUUGUGAUUAGUGUGACAAGUAGUAAUGUAGCUUCAUAUUGUCCUAAUAAUGAUUAUGUAGGUUGAAUGGUGAUGUACUUUAGAUGAAGAUCUUUGCUAUUUGGAUUUUGUCAACAAACAAUUUUAUGAAUACUUUCCUUGCUCUAUUCUUAUUGUACUCCUUAACUUUUAUUUUUAAAAAA